AUGCGCAACCCCGAAUCGGACCCGGACUUCUCAGAACGAGUCAGCAAGAGGCGACGCAUUUCUUCCCCGGCGCGGGAAGGCUCAUAUGCAACCAUGAGCCCCGCCAUGCCUACCAUCGAGCUCACUCCGCUUGAGAGCACCCUACGAACCCUACUCCUCGAUGUCGGAAAAUAUAUCACCGAGCAGCAAAUUGCCAAGGGAGGCAGCGCUGCGGAAGAUCACUCCGAGACUGUCUUGCGCUUCACAGGUGGGUGGGUCAGGGACAAGCUGCUCGGAGUCGAGAGCCAUGAUAUCGACGUGGGCAUCAGCAACAUGACGGGAUACCAGUUUGGUAUGGCCCUAAAAGACUACCUGGAUAUUCCAGAGCACCUUGAAAAAUACAAAAAAGGCCCGAAUGGGGAAAUGCACGACGCUAUUGUCAGCCUUCACAAAAUCGAGGCCAACCCAGAAAAGUCAAAGCACCUCGAGACCGUCACAACCAAGAUCUUCGGUCUGGAUAUUGAUUUGGUCAAUCUCCGGAAGGAAACAUACACAGAUGACAGCCGGAAUCCCCAGAUGGAGUUCGGCACCGCUGUCGAAGACGCUCUGCGACGCGAUGCAACCAUCAAUGCGCUUUUCUACAAUCUUAACGAGUCACAGCUGGAGGAUCUCACUGAGAGAGGACUGGACGACAUGAAGAAAAAUAUUAUUCGAUGCCCAAUGGAACCAUACCAAACCUUCAAAGAUGACCCACUGCGUGUGCUUCGAUUGAUCCGCUUUGCGAGCAGACUGGGGUACCAAAUUGAGCGCGAAACCGAAGCCGCUAUGCAGAUUGAAGAUAUCCGCGAAGCAUUGAAGCUUAAAAUCAGCAAAGAGCGAGUGGGAGCUGAGCUGGAAAAGAUGUUGCGUGGCCCCGAUCCUCGUGGUGCAUUGCAGUUCAUCGAUCGACUCCAACUGUUCCCCACUAUCUUCGCUAACCAUCAGGACGAGGUAAAAGCGGAUACAUCGACAUGGCCCCUUGCCUACAAUACUUUGGCACGAUUGCUGCAUCCAGAGGCCGGUGACAGCGAAGAACUUCAGGCAGUUACUAAGCGCAUUCGUGAGAUCCUAUUCCGCGACGAAACUACCAUAUACUACGCCUGGAUGAUUGCAACCUUUGCUCCCUGGACUUCAAUCCCCGGCCGUACCGGGAAAGGACCAAAACCCUUGCCCCCGCGAGCGGUUGAGGUUGGCAGGGACAGUCUUCGCAGUGACAACAAGACCCUAAGUGCGCUCCGCGCUGCUGCUCUGCAUUACGAGGAAACAAUUACGACCAAAACUUCUCUUCUCGCGAACGAGAUUAGUGGAACACCGGCAGAAAUUCGACAGCGCAUUGGGCUGCAAAUGCGGUCGUGGAAUAAGGACUGGAAGCUUUGCAUCCUCCUGGCUAUCCUGCAAGAAAACAUGGCGCACCGUGACUUCGCAGAAGUGGCCGGUGAAUAUGAUCAGUUCCUUGCGUACAUUGUAGAAAACGAUCUGGAGGGUGUUUGUGAGCUCAAGCCCAUUGUAAAUGGCGACGAAAUUAUGAAAAGUCUGGGGGCCAAAAAAGGACCUUGGAUGUCCAAGGCAGUUAACAUGGCCUUAGAAUGGCAACUUCUUCAUCCUGAAAGCACCGACAAGGAAAAGGUGCUGGAGGAGAUCGUGGCAAUGGAUAAAUUGCGCAAAGAAGCCCGCGAGGCUCUCGUGCAGAACCCCGGCAAAAUGCCGAUCAGUUUCUUCCCCGCUGUUGCGGCGACCAAAUGUGAUUUGGCUCAAUUAUGGCAAGACGUUGCUGCUUACGACCACUCGACGCAUUUGAAUAUAUGCGAGAGCCUAGUCACUGUGACCAGUUAUAUCGACUACUGGGAUGGGACGCUGCCGAAUGACCAAGGCCCGCGACCAUUGAAACCAGCUGAGGCCAAAGCCGUGAACAACUUAUUUGACUGGGCCAGUGCUGCUGCUUUGCCUUCAUCGGAUUUUGCAAUUGAUUUUGAUGAGACUGCCGAGAUAUCAGACGAAAUCAUCAAAGCCCAGAACGAGAGUCGGUUCAGAUCCGAGCUAGCUCUAGAGCUGAUUCUAGUUUUAAACAAGCCCUUGGCAGGACUACCUAAUGGCAAACCAGACAAUGCAGCAGACAUUCUUCUCGCGGGAGCAUGUUUUGCUAACAAGCAAAACCCAUGGGCCACAUCAGACAGCUACAAUGCGUCAUCAAUGCUCAUGAACGUGUGGGUUCAGGACACUCGCCGCGACAAUACAUUCUGGCCUGCCAUCGACUUCAUCCUCAGAGAAAGGAUUAGACCUCUUUUCGCAAAGACAAAGAAUCCCGCCAUCACCAGUGCCGGCCGCAAGAACUUCCACCCUCAAACUCUACCUCGCUUCGGUGCAAGCGAUCCAGACGCAUCGGCAAAGCCAUGGAAGAACGCCGAUGUCUACGUUGGAGCUGUGCUAGCAUGGAUCCUCUCACAAUACCAGCCCGAGGACAAACCACAAUUCGAAGCGCACUUCCAGCUUUUCGUGCCCACUAUCCUAGCAAUGGUUGACGACAACAACCUCCCAUUCAAAGCAAAUGGAUGUGCCUUAAUUACUCGACUGCUGCAACCGAUCCAAGAAAAUGGCUCGGAUAUCCUCCGCCGAACAAACCUCACCUCUGUCUUCGAAGACGCCGUCACGCCGUGUCUUCUAUCCCUACCAUCCAUCACACCCGAGGAUAGAUCCUUAGGUCUGCUGGGAGCAGCAUACCCAGCCCUCCUCUCCACCCUCAAAACCGCAUACAAAGGCCCCACCCAAUCUGAAAAGGAUAAAGAAGAUUACACCACCGGCCUCGCCAAAAUCCUCCGAUCAAACCUCAUCUCUUCGUUCCACCACGUCAGCUCCGGUACUCCGGCUUCCGGCUCAACGGCCUCCUUCCCACACCCCCGUCUCUCAACAUUCCUCCUAGAAACGAUAACAUUCAUCGUCAACGAGUUGGGCAUCCAUACUACAAAGUACCUCCAAGAACUCAUCCCAGUCCUCUACACAACACUAUCAAACCCAUUCGGAACAGCACACCCUCCACUGCUGCUAGCUGCUGCUACUGCUACGCAAGCGGUGAUCAAGAACGCACACCCACGUAUCUGGCGCUGGCGCGGCGAGAUCCUGAGCGGGCUGAGUUCGUGCUGGCUUCAUAUUGCAGAGGACAGCAGGGAUUCCGUGGCUGAGCUGGCUAAGCUAAAGCGCGUGUUACAGCAGACACUUCAGGUGUUAAAGCUUGUUCUUCUGAAUCCUGUUGCUAUUGCGGGUGAUGCCCCAGAGCCGGAACAGGUGCAGGUGAAGGAAAAUGUGGAGAAGGAGUUCCAGGAGCUUGUUGAUGCGGAUGCAGAGCUUAAGGGUCUUUUUGUUUGA